AUGUCGGACGACGAGAGAUGUGAAGAGUACCUCUUCAAGAUCGUCAUCAUCGGAGACUCCGCCGUCGGCAAAUCAAAUCUCCUCACCCGCUACGCUCGCAACGAGUUCAACCCCAACUCUAAAGCCACCAUCGGCGUCGAGUUCCAGACUCAGAGCAUGCUCAUCGACGGCAAGGAAGUCAAAGCUCAGAUUUGGGAUACCGCCGGCCAAGAACGCUUCCGCGCCGUCACUUCCGCUUAUUACCGCGGCGCCGUCGGAGCACUUGUCGUCUACGACAUCACUCGCACUUCAACGUUUGAAAACGUCGGUCGCUGGCUCGAUGAGCUCAACACUCACUCUGAUACAACAGUAGCGAAGAUGCUAAUUGGGAACAAAUGUGAUCUCGAGAGCAUAAGAGCUGUGAGCAUUGAGGAAGGCAAGAGCCUUGCGGAGUCUCAAGGUUUGUUUUUCAUGGAGACAUCAGCUCUUGACUCGACCAAUGUGAACACUGCUUUUGAGAUGGUUAUUCGAGACAUCUAUAGUAACAUCAGUCGGAAGCAGCUCAACUCUGAUUCUUACAAGGAGGAACUAACCGGAAACCGGGUUAGUUUGGUCAAGAACGAGAGUGAAGGGACAAAGACAUUUUCUUGCUGUUCGAGGUAAUAUCUCACUGUGAACGGUUUUCUCUUGUCCUGUUGGGGGCUUGGUGGUGUGUUCGUUGGGGUAUAACUUAUAGUAAAGACAGAGACAUUCUUUUUGGUUCUCAAUUGAAAGCUAAAGGUUAAGAGAGAAAGGU